AGGGGAGCGUGGGCGGAGGCGGUGCGCUCGGCGCUUCCUGUUCCGGCGCCAGGAGAGCCGCGCGCUGCUGGUGCUGCUGCUGCCGCCGCCGCUGCCGUCAGUCAGCCUGCGCCCGAUUCUUCGGCGCCUCGUCCCUGGGACCGAUCGCCACUUCUAGACCCUGCUGCGGGCUUGGAUCUAACUGGGAAAAUGUCGGAUGAAUUUUCGUUGGCAGAUGCGCUACCUGAACACUCCCCUGCCAAAACUUCUGCUGUGAGCAAUACAAAACCUGGCCAACCUCCUCAAGGCUGGCCAAGUUCCAAUCCUUGGAAUAACCCAAGUGCUCCACCUUCUGUGCCAUCUGGACUCCCACCAAGUGCAACACCCUCCACUGUGCCUUUUGGACCAGCACCAACAGGAAUGUAUCCCUCUGUGCCUCCCACCGGACCACCUCCAGGACCCCCAGCACCUUUUCCUCCUUCUGGACCAUCAUGCCCCCCACCUGGUGGUCCUUAUCCAGCCCCAACUGUGCCAGGUCCUGGCCCCACAGGGCCAUAUCCUACACCAAAUAUGCCCUUCCCAGAGCUACCUAGACCAUAUGGUGCACCCACAGAUCCAACUACAGCUGGUCCUUUAGGUCCAUGGGGAUCCAUGUCUUCUGGACCUUGGGCACCAGGAAUGGGAGGGCAGUAUCCUACCCCUAAUAUGCCAUAUCCAUCUCCAGGGCCAUAUCCCGCUCCACCUCCUCCCCAAGCACCAGGAGCAGCACCACCUGUUCCGUGGGGCACUGUUCCACCAGGAGCCUGGGGACCACCAGCACCAUAUCCUGCCCCUGCAGGAUCAUAUCCCACACCAGGACUCUAUCCUACUCCCAGUAAUCCUUUCCAAGUGCCUUCAGGACCUUCUGGUGCUCCACCGAUGCCUGGUGGCCCCCACUCUUACCAUUAAGUUAACAAUGGACGAAGAGAUGACACUUUGCUUAUUGAAGUACAUAUAUAUGCACAUGAAUGCAUAUAUAAGAAUUGCUGGUUUCACUAUUCUUAGAGGGCAUUCAUGAAAGAACAACUCUUGCACCUCUCAGAGAAGAUAACUGCCUCUUGUACUUGGAUGUGUAGUACAUCAGAUGGAUACAAUCAGAUGAAAACAGAAGUAAAUCAUUCAGAUAUGAUUUUUGGUUUUCAUGGAAAGUUAAAGUGAUUAAGUAUACUGAAUAGAUCUUUGAUUAACAAUUUAAGUUAUGAAACUACUUAAAAGUCUAAGAUUAUGUGUUAGGAUCUGCAACUUCAUUGGCAAAUUAUUUCAAGUAUUUUUCUAUAGUCACUUCCCCCACCCCCCAAAUUAACUUUGAAAAUAAUCACAUUAUAAUCUAAACAAAUGAUGCCUCAACAUUUUGAGCUGCUCUAUCUAUAGGACAAAUAAACUUGGUUCCCUUGAGGUUUUAUUUUGGAUAUAAAUUUUAAGACUGUCAGUGAUUGUCGGAUUUUGAGUUCAGUAGCCAGCCAGUGUUCAUUUAUAUCCUUGAGCUUUUGGCAAAAACUUCCUGGUUUUAUUUUUAGCCGUAUGGGUCAUACAGCACUAAAAUCUGCCAUUUAUGGAAACUGACUUUUUUUUUUAAUCCAGGCCAACAUGCAUGUAAAAUUAUAUUCGUAGAGAAUUGGUGAUUUCAUUGUAUUGCUUUAGAAUGGAUUGUAAGAUGUGCUUAUUGUUUUGGGAAGACCUCAAGGAAGGAAAUAAUUCUCUCCUUUGUUCUGAAUCUCAAACUAGAUAAACCCUAGGAAUUACUUUCUCAGAAAACCUGAGGCAGCUCUUCUGCCCAGACCAUUCCCUUUAGCCACCCAUCCCCACUUCCCAGUUCUUUAGACGGAGCAUAGCCCUUGAUUCCUCCCUGAUACGGAAAACUGGCACACUCUAUAUGGGUCUGUCAAAAAGAUACAGCAGUUCUGUUUAGAGAACCUUAAGUCAUACAGAUGUGACUGUUCUCUUUGUGCAAGUGUGAAUCAAAAUAUAUAUCUGUCUUUCAUAGUCUGGUUAAGCUAUGUCAUUGUCUCCUGCAUAGUUUCCUGGACCUAUGUAAAGUGCUUAUGGCUAACAGUUCAGUUCUAUAUUUGCUGACAGGUAAACGUGAGGCAUUGAGUGCCAUCUUUGAAAAAAUUACCCUCUAGCUCUAACACUGAAAAUAAUAAUAAAUUGUAGAUCUCUGCAGUUGAGUUUAAAGCAGUGUGACUGUGUUGCUUAAAUAUAAAGUAUUGUUUAUAACCACCAAAACAGCCCUAGUAGCCUUUUGGCGCCUUAAUCUUUAAAUCAGAUUCUUAGAUUUGGGAUAGACCUAACUUUGUUACUUAUCAAGUAACACUUUGAGAUUUUGAAUGUAUUCAUUGAGUUUCUAAAAUGUAUUGUGAAUUUCUCAGAGCAGUAUAGGAGAGAUUUAUGCUGGAGCUUUGUUUCUGCUUAGUAAUAACAUAUUUAAUAGUUUAUUUCUGCUAUAAUUAAAAUGUCAAGAAUGCCAAA